GCUUCACGUAUUAUAUGAAUUGGUGUGCCGCGAAAAUUUCGUAGGAGAAUAAGUGUGCUAUAUUUUUAAAAAGGUUUGAAAACCACUGUAGUAGACUAUUAAAUAUGAGUUUUUAAUCACUUUUGAAUUCUUAAUGAAAAGUAAUGAAGAUCAUGAACGUAAUACAAUGGAAAUAGUCGCGUGAGUUCAUAUGGGCUAUGGGGGCCAUAUUGGGCCAUAUUAAUAUUAAUAUUAUUUUAUAUAUUUAUGAUAAUGUGGUGAUAUAAGAUAUUACAAAAAUACGGAAUAAAAUUAUCGAAAUUGCCACCUUAUGCUACAUUAAGCAUUUUAAAAUACUAUGAUCAAGGUCGAUACAUAUAUUGCUAAAUAUGAUUGCAACCGUUUCGUAUCAUAAAAUAUCAUCAUUGCCAAUGGCCAAUAUCCGAUAGUAACUAGGUACCCACGUUUCUAAUAAUAAAUCAGCUUACCAUAUAAUAGGACACAUAAUAGGUUUGUAGGUAUGCUACGCCGUUAUUUUAAGCCUCACUUAUCGCUUGGGUAUAAAUAAUACCCAUAAUAAUAACAAUAAUAAAUAAUUAACAUUAGUCAAUAAUCUGUGCAGUGGUGGUUUUACGAUAGGAGGAGGGUCUAGGGGGUCUGGAGACUCUUCUCAGACUCCCGAGUUUAGAAUACGAAAAAUAGAUUUUGUGUUAUAAUUUUUAGAUUGAACUUUAACUUUGUUUUUGAUGAAAAUAUAGGUACAUUCAUGUAGAUACGGUGUUAUUUCAAUGAUAUAAAGAUAAUAUAAAUUCAUAAUUAUGAAUAUUAUGUAAAUAAUUUUUAAAUAUAUUGUAAGUUAAUAUCAGAGGACCCCCUUCCUGGAAAAAAAACCGCCACAGAUUCCGCAUAUUAACAUUAUUCGUAUUUCCAGCUAACAGAGUUUUCCAUUUAGAUGUUUUAUAUUAUUAAACUUGAACUUUAUAGUAUUAAACAAAACAUUAGGUAUUAUUUUGACGAUCAUCUUAUAGUUAUAGCAAUCUAAAUAAUUAUGUAUAUAAAUAUUUUCGGGAAUCUGCUUGUGUUAAGUAUUUUGUUUGGAUGCACUUACUUUUAAUUAGCCAUAAUAUGUCUGUGAAACCAAUUAAAAUAACUUUACAUACCAGAUAUGAAAUUGCUGCGUCGUAACGCAGUUAGGUUAUUCUCUAAAAAAAAAAAAAAUUUAAUUAAAAUAUAAAUAUUUGUAGUCCUCAUCCCUGUGAGUAAUAUACAAAAACAGAAUUUGAUUAUCUUUAUUAUCUCCGAAGGUAUUCAAGGGGUAUGUCUUCGUGGGACAGUCUGUAUGAGAGAUUUAAAAUUACUAAAAUUAAUAUCUAAAAGAAAUUAUUUAUAAAAUUAAUGAUGGCGUACCUAAAAAUUACACGAAAUGUGGUUUAAGUUUUUUCGAUAGAAUUAUAUAAAAUAAUAAAUUUUCAUUUGUAAUACUUGUAUACCUACUUUUUAAUUUCUGAUCAUAAUAAAAAUUCCUUACCAUAUAUGGUAUAUAUAUGUAUAUAUGCAUAUAUGUCUCGUUUAUAUCUUAUUUUAACAUUUCUAUUUAUCUUACCUAUAUAAAAUAUAUUACAGUUACAUUUAAGUUUAUAUAUAUAUACCACCACCAGGGCUUAUUCUAAGGAUUUUUAUUAAUUACGUAUUUUGUUUAAAUAAACCUACCAAAAUAGAACAUAAUUUCGAAGUAUAAUUUUUAAUUAUAACAUUUAACUAUACCUGUAUUACUAGUUUUAGGUACCAAUUUCGAAGAGCAGGAAUGUUAAAAUUAAUAGAAAUGUAUUCAUUUUCCGUUUCUACAUGCAAACUUUGACGAUUUAUUGAUUUAAGAAUAUUGCUUUUACUUAUUAAUCGUUCAACGUCAGUGGUGUGAGGUUUUACAGCUAUAACACGAGCCGGUAAAAUAGUAUUAUUUUUAAACUCGUUGGACCCAGAUAAAUAUUGCACUAAUUUAGAUAAUGUCAUUUGUUGUAUAAUAAAAAACCGUUAGUCUUUUUAGAACUUUGCAUAUAUAUAUAUAUAUAUAUAAUCAGAGCUUUCCAUGAAAUUAAUAUUGUGUUAACUAGACUAGAAGAAAGGUUAGGUUAGAUUAAGUUAGGUUUGAACAAAUUUUGGUAUCUUUAUUAGUUGAAAAUUAUUUUCCUUAAACGGCUGUUGUAGUUCUAUAGUUCGAAGUUUUAUUUUUAAAAAUAUAUUCAGUAGUACCUACGGUAUUUAUACAAGCUAUUUCAAAAGCACCCUCAGCACCUCUUUGUUCAACUUGCCCUGCGCCCGAAAAAUUCUUACUGCUCUUCGACUCCUUUUAAUGAUACUGUUUAAAGUAUUACAUACAUUUUAUCUAUCUAUGAACGAUCCACUGAUCCGUCGCAAUGCAAUAACAUAGAUAUUAUUUCCGAAAAUAUUUUUUUUUAACUUAAUAUAAUAAACAUAGUUUAGAAGUUUACAUUUUUAAAUUAUAAUUAUUAAUCAUAGGUAGGUAGGUAAAAUUAUUUUCUUAUUGCAAAUUCACAUAACACAUUUAUACAUAUAGGAACUACUAUUUGUUGUAUUAUUAAUACAACAUUAAAUUAUAAAAAAUUAAUUACCCAAAAAUUGAUUAUCAAGUGCUCAUCUAGCUUUUCCAAAUACACAAAAUAAACCCAACUACGCUUUAGAAUAAGCUCAGACCAGUGCUUUCAAAAAAAGGGGCAUUUUUUGUGAAGUUUUUAGUAGGUACUAUUGUUUACACGUUUCGUUCAAUUAUUAAUAACGAUUUCUACAUUAUUGGUAUUAUUGUUCAGAAUUUUAGCGAAUUGGUAAGACAUAUUAUUUUGAUAUUUCAUAUUACAACAGUUAACAACAUUAUUUGGUGAGUUGUGUUUUAUAUUUUCUUUAAUAAGUUCAUGCAUUUUUUUAAUAAUACCUACUUAAAUUGAAAUUAUUGCCAUGUGCAGUAUUAUGGAUAUUAUUAAGCUUGUAUUGAUAAUUAUGUUUAUUUAAUAGAGUACGUUCAAACCUAUAGAAUAUUGAAUUAAAAAUGAUUUUUUUUGAGAAUAAAGGUGAUUAGAAUGUUCUUAUCGGGUGGGUAGUUAUACAAAUUACUCAAAUUAAAAUUACUUAGUACCUAUCCACUUGUGAUAUGAUGCGAGGUACCAUGUUUUGGCUUUCGACUGUUUCAAGGCACCUAUCUCAAUCGAAUCUAUCCUAAUCAUCUAGAGUGCAUAGAUAGGGUAGUUUGGGUAAGUGACAACCAAUAUUUUAGAACCUACCUACUAGGACAGACAAAGAAACUGUAGAGUAUUUUGAAUAUCGCAGCGAGAGUAAUGGUCGAAUUUAGAUUGAUCAGGCCACACGACUGGUCUGGAUCUAUAAUCAUCAAUUAAAAUACACUUAAUUAAUAUUUUAAUUUGUGUUAUAGACUAUGCCGUAAUAUACCAUCAUGUAAAACUAUAAUAUUUUUACCGUAUUUGUAUUAUUAUUAUUAUUAUUUUUAUUAGUUUACUAUUUUUUUUUAUAGUUCUAUUUGUUUUUACGAUAUCACUAUUAUUAUCAGUAUUGUUUUUAAUAUUGAUAAGAUUAACGAUUUUUUCGUACAUAUUACAUACCAAUUUCUUUAAACGAAUGAAAGUCAAUAAGUACUCAAAUGCCAUGAAUUCUCAUUUAUUUAGUCUUCCUAUUCGUAUUAUUGAAAAAUGUAAAACGUCAUUGCCAUGUCAUAGACAAAACUUUCACCUAUAAAAUAAAAAACAAAUAUGAAUUACCUACUCUAAUUUUCUAGUCAUGUAAUCUUACAUAUAAUUAAUAAUUUAGUUAUUUAUUCUAUUUUAAGAAUUAAAUGACGGAUACUGCAUAUAUGACGUAUAAACUAGUUAUAAUAUUAUAAAAAAUAUGGCAAGUAAUUACAGUCAAGAUGGACAAAUUCCAAUUCCACCUCGCAGAACUCGCUCGAGCACAUCAGAAAAAGUAAAAUCGGCUUACAUUAUAUAUUUGCUGUGACAAAGAGUAUUUUUUUUCAUUAUGAGUAAUUUUACAUUUUCAAGGUUCCUUAUGUUGAUGUUGUAGUCGAGAGAUGUAUAGUUCCAGCUAUGGAAAGAAUGUCACGUAGAGAGCCUAGUAGGGUGGAAACAAUAUCUCCUUUAGAUCGCCUAAGAAACAGUAUGGAUGGUGUUAAAAUAGUAGUUAUAAAUAAUAUGUAAACGUUUUUUAUUAAUUUUAAAAAUUUCAGAUGUAGACAUGUCAGAAAAUGUUGCUAGAAUGGCAUCGCAUCUCAAGCAGUUGGAGAAAAAGAGAGAUGAACUACAAAGACAAUGUACUGCCAUUGAAACUAUGAAUAGACAAAGUGAAGUGAAUAGAUUGAUUGAUAAAAACAAGGAACUAAAACAAGAUGUUUUUGUAUUAAAAAAUCUGACUUAUAGGUAUACACACCAGUUUAUAAACUUUUAAAUGGUUAAUAUUAGAUUAUACAAAUAUUCUUUUUGUGUCUGGUUAUUUGGGUUACCUCAAUUUAAUAUUUGUUUUUGUCACCUCUUUAUUUGUUUAGUUAUUUUCUAAGGGUCUAUGAUAGGUUUGUACUAGUUUGUAAAUGUUCAGCGGGGGUGCGGAAGGACUGGUGUCUCUGGUUAAAUUCUUUUCUUUACAAAUUUUAAGUUUAUUAUGUUUUUUAGAUUGAAUAGAGAAUUGGAAAAAUGUCAAGAUAAACUAAUGUCAAAAGGUCAAUUUAACGAAUCCGGCAGUUAUAUGCGAGUGCAAGGUAUACAUUAGCAUGGAAAUUAAUGUGAAAAAUGCAUUGUUUUAAGUAUAUUUUGUUAUUUAUUGUACAAUCUUAGAAAAUUGCGCAUUAUACCCAAUUCAUUAAAAGUUUACUAAUGAUGUUGAAUUGAACAAUUACAAUUAAUAAUAUAUAAUAAAUAAGUAUAUUUUAUAAAGCCUUAAUAUUAAUUUACUUUAUUAAUUAGUAUAAAUUAAUAAUACUUUAUUAAAUAAUAUUUAUUUUCUAUGGCCACACAUAUUAAGUUGAACUAAACUCUCAUCUAACCAUGUAAAUUCAUAUAAAAACUUGUUAAAGUAAAAGUUCUUUAUAUUUUUAAACACUAACUACAUAAUAUACAUUAUUUUUUAAAAUAAUAUAUGUAUAUAUUUUUAAAUAUUUACUAGCAUAUAUACAAUCUGUAAUAAAGGUUACAAUAAACAUAUGAGGUGAACAAAUAAUAACAUACACGACCUGAGAGCUUGAGGAGAGUAGCUACUCAGCAGUAAAAUUCAGACGCAAUAACUAGUUUAUGUACAAAUAUUAUGAGUUUACAUUAAAUAUUAUUUAAUAAAGUAAUAUUUAUUUAUAUUAAACCAUAAAUUAAAUAUUAAGUCUUUAUAAAGCAUACUUAUUUAUUAUACAUUAUUUCAAAUAAUAUGUAAUAAUAAUAUAAUAUAUACAAUAUACAUAAUUAUUUAACAUCAUGUAACAUACAUCUGAGGAGAUAAACAAUUAUUGUUUUAUUGCUGAAAAAAUAAAUAUUUAUGUAUAAGUUUUUUAAAAUAAUUUUUUAUUGCAUGUUACAGUAUUUUUUUUUUGUUAUUUAUACAAGAUUCUUCUGUUUUCAUAUGCAGAUCCAAAGCAUAUGAAUUGGCGUCGUGAAGAUAUAAAUACAGUAUCUCCACUGUUAGAAGCAUACCAAACAUCUUUAGAAGAAAAAGAUGUUACUAUUGAAAGUUACAAAAAUGAACUUGCACGAUUUUCUUCUAGAAGCAGAGAAAUUGCAGCUGAAAAUGAAAAUCUUUACCUACAACUUGAAGAAGCAAAUGAAAAAGUACUUUUUGUAUUGAUUAAAUUUGUACUAGUUUUUUUUUUAUAUACAUUUUAUGUUAAAGGUUGAGGUUACUUAUGGUGAAUGGAAAUCAUUGGAAAAUGAAGUAGCCAUGCUAAAAGAACACAACGAAUUACUAGUCAGACAAGCUAAACUACAUCAGACAAAGUUACAAGAUUUACUACGUUCAUAUCAAUCUAGAGGUAAAUUAUUUUCAAAAAUAGUACAAUCUAGUAAAUUUAUAAUUAGAAAUUAUUUAUUAUUUUGAUGAAACCUAAAUCUAAAUUAAUUUAUAAGUAAUAGUAGGUAUAUUAUAACAAUAGAGUAAAAUAUAUUUAUAGUUUUACAAAAUAUCUUAUAUAUUAUCUAAUUUCUUAUACAUUUAUAUUAUACAUAUUUAUAUAUGUAUAAAUAUUUACAUUAAUUUUUUUUGGUUUGUUUACAUGUUUUUUUACAUUUUUUAUAAUUGUUGCUUGUAUUAGGAAUUACCUUCCUUUUUGAAUCUGAUAUUAUCAAUAAAUAGUCGGUUAUAGAUUUAUAAACAAUAUUUAUAGUAUCUAAUUUUUCAAAAAGUUGUUGGGUAAUAAAUAAUUCUGGUUGCUUUUCCUUUUCCAAUUUUACACUCAAAUUGUAUAAAAAUGUCCCUUUGAAAAAAUGUUCAAUACGACAUUGUUCAUAUGGAAAAUCAAGUAAUGAAUUUAAAAUCAUGAAAAAGUAAAUACAACUUUGAAAUUGAGCAAAUGAGUGCACAAUUUUGUUAUAUAAACUCUUGUCGUUAUAUGAAUUAACUUUAAAAUAGUUUAACAAAGAACUCUUAGCUUUUAUACAUUCUUCUUUUUUCACUUUAGUAAUAUUUUCUUCAAUAAUACUAUUUUUUUCACAUGUUUUAUUCUGCGAUUCUGUUUCUAUUUGUUGUAUUAUAUUUAAUGUUACAGCGCACACAAUUAAAGCAUGCAAUAAUUUAUUGUCUUUUGUUUUGUUGUUCCAGUAAAUUAAACUAAUAAUAAAUAACUCCCAUUUUUUUGGAAAUUCGUUAAAUUUUUUUAUGCCGACUAAAUUUAAAAUUAUACUUUUGCGGUAUUGUAAAUCAGUCUUAUUUAAAUCAGCCAAUGCAACAUAAGGACUAUUUAUGUACGGUUUAAGUUUGUAUUGACCUAUAUUUAGUCCAUUUUUUCUACCAAAAGACUGAAUUGAGUGAUUUGUUUCAAAUAGUAAUCCAAUUAUUCUUUCUAUAAUAUUGAAAGAAAUAACAAAGUAAGGAGGUUUUUCAUUAUCUUCAAUGAUUACUUUGAAAAAUAUCUUUUUCAAUGUUAAUAUAGUCAUUACCUCUGAAUUAAUAGUUCCCCUUCGAUAAUUGUAUUCUAACCAACGUGGGAGUAUGCUUUUUUCAUCUGUUUUUAUAUAUUUUUCCAAAGAAUCUCGAUAUUUUAUCAUUCUUUUGUAUUGAAGAACAAAUGAUAAAUAUUUGCUGUUUAUGGUUUUAUACUCAUUUAUAAUGAUGUUUAUUUGUUUGUGUAUGUAAUCUCUAUUAUUGGACAAGUUUCGUGUCAUAUUUUGUACUGCAGUAUUUACGUCUCUUUGAUUCUUAAGCCAAUUUAUGAUUCGUUUUAGUUUUAAUCCACAGUUAUAGGUGUCGGGACUUAUUCGUAAUAAUGAUGAAAAAGUAUUCGGUCUUAUGUAAUCAUUUCCUAAUAGUGAUGCCACUAAAGGUAAAUACUCGAUAUUCAGUCCACCAAACUGAUUUAAUAAGUAUUCGACUUUAUACAAUCUACAGUUUAUAAAUUUUUCUGUAGAUUUUAAAUCAAGAACAAUCAUGUCUAAUGGUAUGUACGGUACAACAUUCACAUAAAAGUCAGAAUCACGACUAAUUACAGGACAAUUUAAUAUUUUGGCUAAAGCUACUAUUUCAGCGUCUGCUUCAUAAUCACAGUGUAUAUGUGGUAUGUCCAUAUCAUUAAGAAUUUCAAAAUAUACAUCACUACCAAAACAUGGCAUGCAAUUAUUAGUUUUUAUCGGUUGAGCGUAAGAAUGAAUUCUUUCACUCAUGCGUUGCAUAAUUGUUUCAAUUUUACGCUGCUCAUAAGCACCAUCAAAUAUAAAAACUGGUGUUACAUUACACCUUAUUAGUAAUUUUAUAAAAUCCAAAUAAACUUCUGCCAAAAUAUCAUAAUCCCCACCAAAUGCACUUGUAUUAUUUUCAUAUAAUCUAUAUAAAAAGUUUGUCAAUGCAUAUCCAUCAAUUAUUACUAAAGUGUCUUUGAGUUGGUGAUUUUCGAAAUAUUGUAUUGAAUUUCGGUUUAUGAAAGUUGUUAGUCCUGGAAUACCCAUACUGAUGUUUUCAAUGAUUCAAAUUCUUCUGUGAAACAAAAAAAUGCAAACAUCUAAAUAAUAACUAAAUUAAUAAUAAUAAUUAUGAACUGUAAUUUUUAAUACUGCAAAAUAAAACUUUGAAUCUAAAAUAUAAAUAUUGAUUCAAUUAAUACGAAUAAAUCAUUUUAUAAUAAAAUUGUAUGUUGUACAAAAUAUUUGACUAAAAUUUGUAUUGACCAAGUUCAGCACAAGAUAAAUAUCUAAAUCAAGAAUUGUUGCCAUUAUAUGUAUCAAAAAGUGUUUAAUAAAAUGUGUAGGGUGGUUUAUAUUUUUUGUGACUAAACAUUUUUUUUAAUGGCACCUUAAAUUUUUGAGCUUACAAGGACAAUUCUUUAGUUUUCUUGUAAUGAGGUAAAGUAUUUCAUUUAAAGUACAUUGGUUUUUAUUUUAUUUUGAAUUUUGUUUUUAUAAGUCAUAAAGAGUUGUCAAAUAAAGUUUAUGUUAUAUUGAAAUGAGGUUGAGCUACUUUUUUAGGAAAAACAAUUUAAAGUAAAUAAGAUAUUCUAUGUAACUUUCCUUCUGUUAAUUAUGUUUUUCCUAUUUUCCUAUUUAAAUUGGUCAAAAUAUCUGAAAAAUCUACAAUUUGUUGUGCUUGAAAGUCAAAUAUGGGUAAUCAAGUAUCAAUUAAGUAUUUCAAACAAAAUUGUUUAUUAAACAUCUCUGGCUGUAAAAUUGCAGUAAAACACGUUUGAUUUUUCUUUUGUUUAUGUUAAGUGUUGUUUUCACUGUUCGAGUUUUUCAUCGAAAUUCUAGUCCUAAUUCCACUAAUCAAUAUUGAACACCAUAUUUUCUUGUGAUAAAAAUAAAAAUUUAGACUGAACACUAGAAUAGACCACUGCCACAAAAGACAACUAUCAUGACCAUUUACUACACUCGGUCGUAGCAAUAGCAUUUCAUUGCUCUGAAUAUAAAUAACUACAAUAUUACGGUGAGCUACUAAACAACUAUUCCAAAAUAGUUUUUAUCAAAAUUUGAUCAAAUGAAUUUUUAAUUUGAAUCCAUUAUUUAAUCUUACAUUUUGUCAUUUUCAUAUUGAUAAAAAAUAUUGUUCUCUUUAUGUGUUUCCCGACUGUUCAAAAUCUGAAUGUUUUUAUUGGGCAUCUCGCUCUUUUGCUCGAACUGGAAUAGAUCUUACCUAUGUAUUAUUUUUUUCAACAUUUUAACUAUUGGGUGAUGACAUUGAACUACAUCAGAGUACAAGUCAGAGUGUAACUGUUUAAACUAUUGUUGUAUUUAUUUUUUUUAUUUACUGCAUAUUAAUAAAAUACUUGAAACGUUGAAAUCCAUUAAUAUUGAUAACUUAUUGAUUAAGAAGAAACUUUUUAAGAAGAUAUAUUUUUGAUUUAUCAUGGUUAACACUUAAUCUGCUGCAGUAUAAUAUGAUCUCAUCAGCAGUCGUGGAAUAACAGGAAUAGUAUAUGAUCUAAAAGCAUUGCCAUGCCACCAUAGUAGUGAGGUUAUGUCAUUACAGAUAAAUAAAUUUGGAGUUAUUGCCUUUUGUAGUAGUUUUUAUCAAGUUAAUUAAAUUUUAAAUUAAAUUUCGCAGUAAUAUACAUUUGCAACAGUUGUAUUCGUAAAAGUCAAUAUUUGGAAUAAUAUGUUUGAAAUAGUAUAUGGUAGUAGCAGUUGACUUUCAUAGCAUUUGUAGCAACCCUUGGACACUGCCAUUAGGAGACACCAAGUUAAGCAAUUAUUUUAUAUUAUGACAAUAGUCAUUUUAUUAGUUAUAAAAGAAAAAAAUAUUACUAUUAUCCACAUUGCUUUAAUCUUUAUUGAUUAUGAAAUAAUUUUUCUAGGAACUUCAAAUAACAGUUAACAGUUUUUUUUUUUGAGAAUAUUUUCAUUUUAAAUAAGAACCAAUUACCCUAAUGUAUAAAAUUAUGAACAUUUUGUGUUAUAUAAUUUUAAAACAAAUUAGUGUAACUUGACUCAAUUAAUGUGUUAAAACUUUAAUUGGUAUUAACAUAGACAUAAUAAUAAAUUAUCUAUGAGUACUAAUAAUAUCCUCAGUAGUAUUAAAAUGUCAACAUACUUUGAUUUGGUAAUUGAAACACAACUGUCAGACGAUCUAAGAACAUAGAAAUAAUUUUAAAAAUGUUUGAAAAUUAAUUUUUUUGUUCUUUGUUUAAAAAUUGUAGUUUUUAGUUUUAAAAAUUAGAUUUUAUUUUUACAAUGUCAUAGAUUUGGGAUUUUUUUUUAACGAUAUUAAAAAAAUAAUAGCAUGAGUACUAAACGAUUACAAUUUAUAAAAUGUCAUUAUUUUAUGUUUAGUAAUUUAUUUAAAAUUUAAUUAAAAUACUAUUGGUUUACUACUACGAUUUAUAAAAGCGAAUGUAAUAAUUGUAAUGUAACAUUUUAGGUGUUUACUAUAGUUUUAAGUUGGUAUAAGGUCUUUGAUGUUUAAUGUUUAUUACUUCUUUAGUGUUGAUAUCACGGUUUGUUUUGUAUAAUAAUUGAUAACACAACAGUGUUACCAGUACUAAUUAUGUCAAUUAGUCUAUGGGGGAUACACUCAGUUCUCCCCGUGUGAUAAGAAACAUAACCUCAAUAAAAAAAAGUACCAACUAUCAGUUUGGAAUCGGUGUCCGUACGAAUUUAAUGUUAAUGAAUUGACAGCCCUGAAGACUAGUGUAUUCAAAAUAUAUUCAUACUUGAACAGGCGACCAUUGUUUUUUCCAACACCUUAUCAACAUUUUUUCCCAUACGAUUUAACAUAUAUCUUAAGCCGUGCGUAAUAAUUUUAGAAUAAAGAAUAUGCCAGUGAGUGAACUGCAAUUAUAUAUAUAAAUAAUUAUUUUGAUUAUGGUAUUAGACACGAAAAACAAAGUGUUUUAUUUUAUAAUCUUAAUAUAAGAACUUAUUUAUUUCAAUACAUAUGUGCAAUAUAUAUUCGGAAUUUUCAAACUUUAUGGUACAUUGAUACGUCAAAAAAUUAACCAAAUUACGAUAAAAAAAAAAUUGACAGCACAGACAAAUUUUUCUUUUUUCUUUUAUGGCUUUGGGAAAUAGGAAUUGGGAAAAGUACGAGUAGUUCAUCUUUUUGGACUGUACGAACUAUGGAGUGAAAUCUAGACUCCUGGAUUCUGGAGUCAUACCGUAUGUCGUACGACUCAUACGAUCCUUAUCUCCUGAAUUUUUGCUGCUAACUGUAGAUAGGGGUAGUGUUUUUAAUUUACAGUAAAAGACUUUUGAGAGAAUAUUCUACAAUUUUAAUUUUUUCUUUUAAAUCUAAUGUGAGAGGCUCAAAAGAGGACAAAAAGCUAAGCGCUGAUCAGGAAUGGAUUGGCAUAUAUUUUCGUACCAACAAAAUAAUUAAGACCGGCCUUCUAUAUAUAGUGUAUGUUAUGGGUAAUGUUGAAAAUUGGAUAAUGUUAAAAUUUUCUUUAGUAAAUCCUAUUUAAUGCUGUUAAUUUUACUAUUAGAGUUGGUCUAUUGCACGGAAGAUAUAAUGGACUGGCCUCGAGCAGUUUAUCAGUGGCCAUAAAUUAAUGUUUAAGUGACAAGUAUGGGGGCCAUAAUGAUGCAGACCACUGUUGGUUGAGAAUAUUCUCAUUACCGAAAAUGUUCUCUUUUCAAAUCAAUAGUCGUUGUAAAAAUCUGAAAAUUAAAAACCUAACCAUAUUUUAGCUUAAAAUUGUUAUGAAUACAAGUCUUUUAUAAAAAAUGUUUUGGUGAAAAAAAUGUUAGUAUUGGACAUUUUUUUAAGUGUGGCGAACAUACGUGUAGCACUGUCCAUAGUAACUACAUAUUUCUCCUUUGGACUUUAAGAUAACUUUUUAAAUACGAAGACAAUUAAGAAAAUAUUGGUAACUACUAUUUUAGAUUCAGAGCAAAGCGAGGAAUAUAUUGGUUUUACAAUGUUCAUUAUUACUAUUUUUUUAUAUUAUGUAGGUACCAAAUUCCUACCAGAAAUCUUUCGAUUUAUAACUGUAGCACCUUUUGUGAAAGACAAUUUUAUCUAUUUUAUCUAUUUUGUACUUAAAGGAGGUCAUGUAUAACCGAAUUUCGCUCAGAAUUGUUUUUUGUUAGUAAUGAUUAAUUGUUAAUCAAUUAUUAUUAUUGAAUGUUGAUUGUACAUAAUAUUUUAAAAAUAAUUAUCAGUAGGUAUAAAUAUUCUGUAGGUAUAAAUAUUCUGCAGCUCAUAACGACACUGUGUUCUCGUAUAUAAUGUUAUAAUAUACUUGUGAGGGGUUGGGACAUUUUUGAACAUUUUAUAAAAGAGUUGUGGUAUGAAUUUGUUAGGUAAAUAUUAUUUUUAGGUCUGGGGUAAGUUUUAGAAAAAAAAAGAUAGUUUAAUAUUUUAACAAAAAAAUUAUUAAGUUAAUAAUUGGUAGAUAGAAUUAUAGAUAUUAAUAAGUAAUAAUAAAUAAAUCAUACAAUUUAUAAUCAUCAAAUAAUAUCUACUUUUCUUGGCUUCAGAGCCAUUCACUAAAUACAUUCUUUCGAUCUACCAAUAUACUUCUAUGAACUGCCAACAUAGCCAAUCCAUUUGAAUUCCAAUCUAUCCAAUCCAUUCAAUUUGAAUGAACAAAAUAUUUAGUUAUUAUUGUUAUAAGGUAAGGUAUGUAAUGUUUGUAUAGUAUUCAAAUUUUCAGUUAUAAAUAUACCUCUGAUAUUGUAUUCUAUAAGUAUCUUUUGAUCCUUUGUAAAGUAGUGAACAGUAGUGACAUAUUCAUGUGCAGUUGUUUGAUAUUACACAGGUAAUGUACAUAAUACUUAAAUAAGAAAAAAAAGGCUAAGGGGUAUUUGACCCCCUUAUAAUUAUGACACUGUAACAAUAGGUCUAACUUAAAGAAUAAAAUAUUUAUAGUUUAGGAAAAUAUCAAAUUUAAUGCUCCAUAUUUUUUUAAAAAAAUUUGAAACUCCAAUAGAUAUAAAGUUUUUGUAGAAUUUGUCAGAAAUACAUGAUACUAUUGGUAAAAUAAUAUUUAAUUUAUAAAUUUAGAAUAGGUACUUGAUUUAUUCAAAUUAAACUUUAAUUAUUUUAACAGUGAAAAUUAUUAAACAAACACUUUUGUAACUCUGUGGCUCUGUUACAAGCAACAAUUGAAGGAGGCUCAUAAUUUUAUACAUAUACUUUAUUGUUAACAUCUGUAUAAUGUGUAUGUAUAUUGGAAUAAAUAAAUAAAAAAAACAAAAUUGUUAUUCACAAAUAACUAUUUUAGUAUUAAUUAAUGUUAAGUAUAUUUUUAUUUUUCCUUUGAAUGUUUUUAUCCCUCAGUCUUUCCCAAAGGUCAACCAUAAAUUUAUUUAUUAUAUUUAUAGACAUUACAACUAUUAUUUGAUCCUUUUUUAGUGACUGAAUUGAAUGGUGAACGUGAUCAUUUGGCUGAGAAGUAUGAAAAUGCCCGUAUAGAACUCCUCCACUUGCAAGGUCGUGUAUCUACAUUAGCCGAAGACUUGAAUCGUAUGAAAAGCGAAGAUAAUAAUAAAAUUCCAAUAGCCGUACACACGUCUGCUGUGAAUGAGUGUCGAAGGUACAUAAUAUAUUUUAAUACUUUAGUUAGCUUAUGUUGUGUAUAAUAUAAUAUCAGGAUUAAUAAUUACUUUAUUAUUAGUUUAUUAUUUUUGAUAGGUACGUUAAUUAGUUUUAAAAAUCAAAAUAAAUUAUUCAUACUAACAAUUAUAUUGUUUUUUUUUUUGAUUUUAAAAUAAACUAUUAUUAAUAAAUUAAAAUAUUUAUUUCAUAAUCAAAUCGGAAGUUAAACCUGAAUUAUCUCAAAAUUAAAACUUUGUAGGUUAAUUAAAAAUGAAAUUAUGAUCUUUUUUUACUUAUAGACUUUUCGAAGAACUCAAGUGUCGAUAUGAUGAUGAGCGUGAUACAUUGAUGCGUAGAUUAAUAACAUUUGAAGAAGAAAGACCUACACUCGAUAUUAGAAUUGUGUCUCUGACCACUGAAUUAAAUCAACAGCGGUCCAUCAAUAAAGCUUUAGAUCUUCAGUGCUCGUAAGACAUUCAGUAAAAAAAAAAAAUAAAAAAAAAAUUGUUUAUAUUUAAAAAACAUAAAAAAAGUAUAAUAAAUACAAAUACAAAUUUUUGCACACAUUGUAUAUACAUAUUUCAAUGUAAUAUGUGGGUAAAGACAAAUAUAUAGUGUAGUUAAAUAUUUUGUUAUGAAUUUUGCAGACAAUUGAAAGCAAAAUGUGAUGCACUAGAGAAACACUUGUUUGAAUGUGAAUCAGAGAAGAAUACUAACAAGAAGCAGCUAGCUGAUGCCAUGGUAUUUCUACGCGAGACCAUCAAUGAACAAGAGGCACUUUUGCGCCGUGCAGCUGGUGAUGGCAGAAAUGACGCUUCAGCUGCUAUGUUGAGUGCUUCGAUAAGUGCUCGAGUGAAAGCUCUCACAGAACACUUGAAGGUAUAUUGUAAUAUAAUAUGAUAAUGUUUACAUGUUAAGACUGUUACAACGAAUCUUUAUUAAUUGUCACAUUCAUCGUUAAGGAAAAUAAUAAAACACACUCUGACUAGGUUUUCGAUAAAAACUGAACACCAAAGAGAUUGUAAGAUUUUCGAAUGAUUGUCCUUUAUGUAUGUUUUGACUGUUUUGAAGUUAUACAUAUUUGUUAUAAAUUAUAAUAUAUAGCAUUUAUUGGUCUGCCCCAAAUUUGGAUAAAGGCGAAGGAGAAGAAGACAUAUUUGUUAUAAUUUAAAUUUGAUUCGAAAAAACACUAAAAAUAAUAUAUUAGUAUAAUUAAUUAUAACAAUAUGUUUAAAAAGAUGUUUUGUGUGUACAGUGCGUAGAACAAGGGGCACAUCAGGAAGUAAACCGUCUAAGUGGCCGUCUAUAUGAGCAGUCUGCAGAGUUAGAAAGAAUGAAAACAAAUUACGAACACGAGAUAAAUGCUCUGAAAAAUGCUCUCCUGCAAAAGCAGAGCGUUAUAGACACGAUGGACGCACAUCUGGAAAGAUAGCGGUGGUGUCCAUGCGCCGCUUGGUCUUCGUCGUGGUGCCGUAGUCUUAGUCAGUACAUAAUAAGAAGGGUAUGAAUUAAGGUUGUAAUAAAUAUUGAUAAAAGCCAAAUAAUAAUGAAAAUAAUAUAUAGCUUCAAAAAAGACUUUUAAUCAAAAAAAAAUUUAACUUAAUCUCAAAGAAUUAAAGUGUGUUCGUACGAUAUAUUUAUUCUAAGUGUAAUAUGUUAUGUAUUAUUACUAUUAUUAUUAUGAUUAUUAUUAUUAUUACAUUUUCGUUAUGUAGUUGUAGGAUUUUCAAAAACAUAUGUCUCCAAGAGACUAUAAUAAUUUGGUUAUACUAUUGGUACCUAUUUAUUAUAUGUACAACAUAUCUAUGCGAUUAUUGAAAAUAUUUACAUGAAAAAUAAAAUAGUAAAUACAACUCAUUAACAUAUAAUAUAUAAUAUAUAAUUAAUAAUUAUAAUUUUUGUAUUAAUUUUUAAGGGGUUAUUUGACUAGGAAUAAUAACAUAAUAUAGAUAACAGUAAAUCAAUCGGAUGAUGUAUAUCGGCACAUAAAUUUAUCAAUAACCAUAAAUAAUAUUGUUGAUCUAUUAUAGUUUGUUCAUAUUCAUACUCGUUUAAGGCAAGUCGGAAAUGUAUGUAGUGACGAUUAAAACAUACCUCUAUAAAUUAUAUAUGGCAAAGAUUGUUUGUGUGUUUGAAAGAUAUUAUUCAUGAAGCUCCUCUUUAACGGUAGAAAUAUAUUACUCUUAAGUAUAGACCACAAAGACAAAAGACAAUUUAUUUUUUAAUGACGCGGUAUUACAUUAUGCCACAAGCUUUAAUACACGAUACUAUUAUUAUGGUCACGUUGAACUUGUGCUUGCAAAAUUACUAGUAAAAACAAAAAAAUCUCCGACUUCAUUGGUUGUGUCGGUGUAACGAGUUAGAAAAAUCGUACCUACGAAUUAUUAAAGACUAUAAUAUCCUAACAAUAAUAUAAAAAUAUUAAUCGGGUGCGCGUUUGAAACUUGUUGCGACGACGCCGACAAGGGUAUUAAACAUAUUUUUAGUGGCGCUGGCGGCGACGCACCGCCGAGCGUGUUAAUUAUAUUAAUUAACGGCGUUUAUUAUAUUUUAAUUUUUAACGAUUUGUUUCUCGUUUUAAACGACGGCGGCGAUCGGCGGGCGUGCGGUGACCGGUUUUUAUUAUUAUUAUUUUUUUAACGAGAUGAUCGCCCCGCCUCGGCCUGUAUAUAUAGUGUGUACAGCGAAAAACUUGUGCAAUGCAGUGUGAUAAUAACAUUGUGUCGGUCCUGGCGCGCCCCGGCACUACGAUUUCGACUUGACCCGAGUCAGCGUGCCCCCUGCCCUGUUGUUGACUGACGACAUGGACCGGCCGAUUUGCCUGGACGUCGAUCGGUCGUCUUUGAUCAACUUUCCCGUACGACCAGUCGUCCGGAUGAUCACUUCGUCCAGCAACGACGAUUCCUCGCCCGAACUCGCGACACCCCGGUUUUUCCGUGACACCGCCGCGGGCACCGGUGACUGUUCCUGGUCGUUCUUGGUCGCUUUGACGGCACCUUGUCGUUUGCCUGUCGUUCCCCUCGUCGGCGGAGCUCUGGGCGGCCUGCCACGCUCGUCAUAGUCUACGGUCCGUCCCUCGCCGUGUCUAGGCGCCCACGGCGCCAGCACCGAAACGGAUCUGGACAGCGUGCGCUUCUGCGUGCCACCGAACGCGUCAUUUCGCGACGACAGCUCUUCCCUGCUGGCCGCCCGUCUGCUCUUCGCCCCGAACACGGACUGGUGGAGUUGACGGGAUUCCGGGAUUUCUCCUACUGCAGCAGUGCCCAGCCCGGUCCAUGAAAACAUAAUAUAGUUUACAAUUACAUUUAAAUAAAAACAAAUAAAAUAUCACGUAUAAUAAUAUAGAGUGGUCAAUCAUCCGCAAGCAGAUCUAGGUUUGAAUUAUGGGAGGGGGAAGGGGUAGGUUAAACUACAUGCCUAUCGAUUUUUAUUUUGUUUUCGUAGAAUUUUAUAUGACAGUACAUUAUAAAUUAUAUUGUUAAUUUAUUUGUCUAACAAUUUGACAAAUAGUUACGUAUUUAAUUAAAUACAUUUUUUUUUUGUCGUAAAGCCUAUUAUUAUUCUCAACGGUUUACAAAUCGGGUAAAACACAUGCGUUAAUUAGUUUUUUUUAUCUCAAAGUGAGGUAUCAUCUGGGAAAAAGGGUGGCAUCUAUCCCUUCUGGGUCCUCCGUUGUAAAUAUUAACUCGUUUUUGUAAUUUUCCUUUUGGAAAAUUUAAGGUUCGCGCAAUUCUCUACUUACUAUUGAAAAAAUAUUAAAUGCUUGUGUACUUCAAAAGAUUGACCAUUGUGUGUAGUUACACGUAUUUUUUCUUUAUAAUUUUUGAUAUUUUUUUCCCUCCAAAUUAUAAUGCUAUAUGAUUGUGUUACAUUAAAAUAUCAUACGAUUAUAGUACUAAUCAAAUACAAGGAGGGUGCUAUUUACAGGUUUUUCAGAGUGUAUAUACAUUAUAGCCAGGGUAAUUUUUUGGUCACGGCCCAGCGUUUUUUUCGAAGUAUUUUAAGUAGGUAAAUCUGAUUUUCGUUUUUAAUCAUUACGUAAUUGUUUAUAUUUUAUUUUAAAUUGUUACGUCUAAUCUGUACUCGUUAUACCGUAUUGACUUUUAAUUUUCAAUUAGCAGCUCUCCUAUACUGAAAAAUAUUUUUUCUGUUUUUUGUACAUUAUCGACACUAAUAUUGAAUUACCCGCGUGUUUAUGAGUUAUAACAUGUUUAGAAUUUAAACUGGAAUAGUUUAUAGGGAAGCGUUCGGUCAUAUCAAUAAUAAUGAUAUUGGAUCACUAUAAAAUAAUCACUCUGUAUAAUAGUGUUUGCUGAGGAUAUCGUGUCGUACUUAGAUGCCGAGGAAGUUUAUAGUAUUAUACUAUUAGUGCAUUUAUUUAUUCCGCGUUGUAGUUCAUAUAGUAUAAGACCGCCGUAGUAAUCUGUUACAAGGAUUUGUACGUAUGAAUUCUAUAAUUCUAACUGCGUGUCUUUAGCCAGUCUGUACCCAAUGUGGCAAUAUUAUUAUAUUGUCACGUAUCGAUCGUUAAGCGAUAUUUUGUUAAAAUAAUAUGUUUAGUAAAUAGAUAUUGAAAAAAAAAAAAGAUACAUGGAUUGUAAUUUUAUUAGUGAUUAAUAUUUACCUACUUUUAAUCAUUGUGGUAAAGUACUGCUGGUCGGCUGUAUAUUUUUUUAUUUAUACGGUUGUUUGCAAUGUACAGUUUAAAAAGCAUUCAACGGGGAAUAGCCGCCCAGGGGUAUGUUUUUAGUCGAUUGGUACGCGUGUCGUCACCACCAAUAAUAAAUAAAUGGAUUUUAUAAAAACAAUAUCACGGUCACAACUGCAGGACUCGUUAAAACUAACACAGCCAUACUACGGUAUUUAUGUUCCAAAUAAAAACUGUUCAUUAUGUUGAAAUCGUAAAUUAAGGGGUAAAUAAACACGUUACGAGCGGUGAAAUUUAUGCGACGUAGGUAAAUAUUGUUUUCGCGUUUUAUUUGAAAAAAAAAUAUAGUCGUUCUAGGGUGAUGAGCAUCGUUUGGUAUACCUAAAACGUUUUGAAAAAAUAAUAUUUCUUUGUGUAACGUAACGAUAAAUUGUAUUAAUUGUAUUGUAAACGAGUCGCGUGUGAACGCUAUUUAUUUAUUCGCUACGAGAUUUUAUCGCACUAUACAGAUUGUGUCGGACCUUGUUGCCGAAGUGUCGUGAAAAAAAUAAUAUCGACUAACGCGAACAUUUUAUAGGUAAUACAGCGUUCAUACUUCUUUAGGAUCGUGUGU